CGAAAACAAAACAGUGUAAAAUGAUAAGUGAUGAUGAAUUUUCCAUUUUUGGACUACUUCAGAGAUGGCUGAGUCGGGGAACACUGCUUCAUUAGAAUUAUUGGCAAAAAAAUCAAGAGAAAAGGCUUAUGGUUAUACUAGGAGCUCAGUGUGAAUUAUUGGAAGAUAAAUUUCUGCAUUUUCGGGAGCUAGUUCAAAAAAAUAUCUCACCAGUGGAGGAAUAUUCCUAUGACCAAGAACUGUUUUAUAAUGAAAUAUUCCACAAGUUGAUACAGCACCAUCAACAAAUAUUAGUAUUUUCAAGAAGAUUGAAUCGAAUGUUCAACUACUAUACAUUCAUCCAGAUGGCUCUUUGCAUUCUCCUAUUUUGUACAGCUAUGUACCGUCUUUCAAUUGUGGAGUUCGACAAUUUGGAUUUCCUACCUAUCUUAGCCUUUAUUGGUACUAUAAGUAUUCAACUAUUUUUGUAUUGUUGGUUCGGAAAUGAAGUUAACCACAAGAGCUCGAAAUUGCAUUGGGCUGCCUAUCAAAGUGACUGGGUAGGAUCUCCUAUGAGUUUCCAGAAAAAACUCUGUGUUUUUAUGCGUAAGACCAAGGAACCUAUUCAAAUUUAUGCCCUAUCGUUUUUUCCUCUGAACACAGUUACGUUUACUUCGGUCAUGCGUUCUUCAUGGUCAUUCUUUCUGCUUUUGCAUCAAAUAAAUGAAUGAAGAUUGAAUAAAGGAAAUAUAUAACAUCAUCAGCUGA